AUGGAUAUAGAACAGAAUGUCUCAAAAAGUGACGAGAGCCUGGAUUUCAAAGGAUUUGAGAAAAACACGCCGUGCCUUGAGUUUAACCAGAAUAGUGAAGAUGAAGAAAACACCUCAUUUCUGAUGAAGCAGAAGGAAGAUGGAUAUUUACAGGAACAAGAAAUUAUUGAUGCUUGUCAAAGUAUAAACACGUCUCCAAGGAAACGCAAAAUAGAUAAAGAUGGUUUUGUAACUCCUGCGACUCCAGAUAUCCCAAAGUCUUCCUGCCAUUAUGGUCAAACCAAACAAAUGAGAAUAGAUGAAAAUGCUAACAAAGAAGAUGAAGGGUACAACACUAGUAAAUUAACUGACCAUUCCCCUGGUCAGGUAUCACAUGGAGAUUGCUUGAGAGUUUCCACUCCUUCUCAGAAAGAUCUACAGUCAGUCCAGAGUAUCACAGAUAUCAUUAAUGAUAUGUCAGAAGAAGCAAAUCAUAUACAUCAACAGUUUUCAAAACUGUUCAGAGAAUGUGAGGAAUACGAAGUCUUGUGUCCAGAGAGGUUGGAUAAGUUAAUUGCUGAAGCGAAGACGUUGGAGGAGAACCAAAAUCAACAGAAACAGGUCAUGUGUGGGCGACUUAAAGUUUUAUCUCGUACACUUCAGUUACUGUGA